CGGGGGAAUCUCUUGAAUGAGCCACAUUGUUGCAGCGGGAAGUAACUAACGUGCCGGCUGCUGCCCGCUUGCUCGCUCCUGCGCUGCCGGGGCCGGCGGAUCGAGACCGGCAUCGGCUCCCCCGCGCUGCGGAAGAUGAUCGCGUCCCACCUGCUCGCCUACUUCUUCACCGAGCUCAACCAUGACCAAGGGCAGAAGAUUGACAAAUACCUCUAUCACAUGCGGCUCUCCGAUGAAACGCUCCAAGAGGUGUCUGAGCGCUUCCGAAAGGAGAUGGAGAAGGGUCUCGGAGCGGACACCAACCCCACAGCGUCAGUGAAAAUGUUGCCCUCGUUUGUGAGAUCAACCCCAGAUGGGACAGAGAAUGGAGACUUCUUGGCCUUGGAUCUUGGCGGCACGAACUUCCGUGUGCUGAGAGUGAAGGUGUCUGAUAACGGCCUGCGGAAGGUAGAAAUGGAGAAUCAGAUCUAUGCCAUUCCAGAGGAUCUCAUGCGUGGGAGCGGGGUACAGCUCUUUGAUCAUAUUGCCGAAUGCCUGGCUAACUUCAUGGAAAAGCUGAACAUGAAGGACAAGAAACUUCCCCUCGGAUUCACCUUCUCUUUUCCUUGCCACCAAACCAAACUGGAUGAGAGUAUUCUCGUUACAUGGACUAAAGGGUUCAAAUCCAGUGGCGUGGAGGGGAAAGACGUGGUUGCCAUGAUACGUAAAGCCAUCAAGAAACGAGGGGACUUCGACAUUGACCUGGUCGCCGUGGUGAACGACACCGUAGGGACGAUGAUGACAUGCGGCUAUGACGAUCACAACUGCGAAGUUGGGCUCAUUGUUGGUACUGGUACCAAUGCAUGCUACAUGGAAGAGAUGCGGCACAUUGACUUGGUGGAAGGGGAUGAAGGGCGGAUGUGCAUAAACAUGGAAUGGGGAGCCUUCGGAGACGACGGUGUGCUGAACGACAUCAGGACAGAGUUCGACCGUGAGAUCGACAUGGGUUCGCUCAAUCCAGGGAAACAACUGUUUGAAAAGAUGAUCAGUGGCAUGUACAUGGGAGAGCUGGUCAGGCUCAUCCUGGUGAAGAUGGCCAAGGAGGAGCUGCUGUUCAGUGGAAGGCUCACCCCAAGCUUGCUCACCACAGGACACUUCGAGACCGGAUAUGUGUCUGCUAUUGAAAAGGAGAAGGAAGGACUACAAAAAGCCCACGAGAUCUUGACCAAGCUCGGGCUGGACCCAUCUGCAGAAGACUGCAUAGCCACCCAGCAUAUCUGCCAGAUCGUCUCCACCCGCUCGGCGAACCUCUGUGGUGCUACCCUGGCCGCAGUGCUGCGCCGGAUCAAGGAGAACAAAGGAGUCGACAGGCUACGCUCCACCGUCGGCGUGGAUGGCUCGGUGUACAAGAAGCACCCCCAUUUUGCUCGACGCCUUCAGAAGACGGUGCGGAAGCUGCUGCCAGACUGCGACAUCCGAUUCGUUCGCUCGGAAGAUGGGAGCGGCAAAGGGGCCGCUAUGGUCACGGCGGUAGCCUACAGGCUAGCAGCCCAGCAUAAGGCAAGGCAGAAGACCCUCGAAGCCCUGAAGCUGAGCCAUGAGCAGCUGCUGGAGGUGAAGAAUAGGUUGAAGAUAGAGAUGGAGAGGGGACUGAGCAAAGCAUCGCACCUGGACGCCACUGUGAAAAUGCUUCCCACUUACGUGUGUGCCACUCCAGAUGGAACAGAAAAAGGAGACUUCUUGGCCUUGGAUCUUGGGGGAACGAAUUUCCGUGUGCUGCUGGUGCGUGUGCGGAAUGGGAUUAGGCGUGGCGUUGAGAUGCACAAUAAGAUCUACUCAAUCCCGCAGGAGAUCAUGCAGGGGACAGGAGAGGAGCUGUUUGAUCACAUCGUCCACUGCAUUUCGGACUUCCUGGAAUACAUGGGAAUGAAGGGCGUGUCACUUCCUAUGGGAUUCACCUUCUCUUUCCCUUGCCAACAGAAUAACCUUGAUGAGGGGAUACUCCUGAAAUGGACUAAAGGGUUCAAAGCUACUGGCUGUGAAGGAGAAGAUGUGGUGAACCUGCUGAAAGAAGCUAUUCAUAGGAGAGAGGAGUUUGAUCUGGAUGUGGUAGCAGUGGUGAAUGACACAGUAGGCACCAUGAUGACCUGUGGUUAUGAAGAUCCUUAUUGUGAAGUCGGGCUCAUCGUUGGCACGGGCAGCAACGCCUGCUACAUGGAGGAGAUGAGGAACGUGGAGCUGGUGGAGGGUGAAGAGGGCAGAAUGUGCAUUAACAUGGAGUGGGGGGCGUUUGGGGACAACGGCUGCUUGGAUGACUUCCGGACAGAAUUCGAUGUGGCGGUGGACGAACUUUCUCUCAAUGCCGGGAAACAAAGGUUUGAGAAAAUGAUCAGCGGGAUGUACCUGGGCGAGAUUGUCCGAAAUAUCCUGAUCGACUUCACCAAGAGGGGGCUGCUGUUCCGGGGGCGGAUAUCCGAAAGGCUGAAGACCAGGGGGAUAUUCGAGACCAAGUUCCUGUCUCAAAUUGAGAGCGAUUGCCUAGCCCUGCUCCAGGUCCGCUCCAUCCUCCAGCACCUGGGCCUGGAGAGCACGUGUGAUGACAGCAUCAUUGUGAAGGAGGUGUGCACUGUGGUAGCCAGGCGUGCUGCUCAGCUCUGUGGCGCUGGUAUGGCAGCGGUGGUGGAUAAAAUCCGGGAGAACCGCAAGCUGGACUUCCUUAAGGUCACAGUUGGUGUGGACGGGACACUCUACAAACUGCAUCCUCACUUCUCUUCCAUCAUGCACGAAACGGUGAAGCAGCUGACCCCGAAGUGCGAAGUGACCUUCCUCCAGUCAGAAGAUGGCAGCGGCAAGGGAGCGGCACUCAUCACAGCGGUGGCGUGCCGGAUCCGGGAGGCCGGGCAGCGAUAAGAGGAGUUGUUCGGAAGGCUUGGAUUUAACAGAGCAAAACCAGCAGACCCCUUCCCACCCUCCAACACACACCCCUUCUCCUGCUCCUCAACACGCAGAUUUUUAGCUUUACUUGUUCUAUCGAGAUACCACCACUGAGACCUGAGAUGCUGUGUGUUCGAAGUUAUUUUCUUAGGAGUUCUAUUGCAUGCCAUCAAACUACCUUUCGAGUAAAGCUAAAAGUGUCGUCAGGGCGUGUAGCUACGUUUCCAGUCAAAGCCCUUUUUGUUUCACCGCAGCCUAUUUAAAAUACUAAACCUCCCUCGCCAGCCACAAUGGUGUUUGUUUGUUCUGUAGCAGUAGAAGGAUAAUGCCAGAGCAAUCAAGACACUGCAUUGUCACUUUGAUAGUAAACAAUACCUAUUUGUAGAUGUCCAAGUCUUAACAUAAGCACACUAGAAAGCAAAACCUCUUUUAAGAUUGGGUUAAAGACCUCCACUAGUCUUUUACCCUGAUCAAGGCUGUGUUAUUUCCAUGAAAGUCAUGGUAAUGCUCUUAAAAGCACAGGGUGCAGCAUUUAAAUCAGUGUGUUUGAAUCUGUGCCGAAGGAUACAAAGUGUCCGUAUGGAGUGGUGAGUAAUAUUAAAGUACCUGCUGGAUCGAGUUAAAGGUGCUUCUUUAAUUCGACCAGCAGAGCAUGUGCCUGGAAAUACUUGGGGACUCAGGGUGUAGUCCCAUUUCCCAGCUUCUCCUCUAUCAAUUAAAUGUAGUACUUGACAUGUGUAGCCAAUGGCGACCCCUACUGGCGCAUGCGUGCAUAGAAAAAACCAUCGCUGAAGUGAAUGGUUUCUCUUCCACAACGGUUUCAACACUGUGCCCUCAAUUGAUGUGAGUUUGGUUUUAUUUUUGUCUGUGAACUAGCUCUGUAUCUUUAUUCGUAAAAACCCCAUAGGUCACGUCUGGAUUUAUGCACUGUAUUUAUGUUUCGAGAGAUCUUACGUCUUUUAUGUAUAUAGUCAUGAACGGGGAUUGUUAUUGACUAGUUUUAAUGUGGUUUGAGAGACUAGCGCAGAAUGCUCUUUAUUAUUAUUAAUUAAAAUAACUGUCUGGAAGCAGGGUGGAAGGACUGAAAUUUCUGAGGACAGCUGUAUGGGAGGGGUGCAGUCAUUUCAGGUCUUGUAUCAUCAGGGGAAAUGGAAGUAUGAAGGCCAUGUAUUCAGUGCACUAAAAGAAAUAGUGGCGGCCAGAGAACAAAUUAAUUGGUCAGUUCAGAGUCUGAUCCUGCUCGUUCUGACUCACGAGUAAUCAUUGCUCGUGGAAGCAGGCCCCUAUUGAGGCAAGCACGAUCCUAAUUCUGCUUACACUGAAGUCAAUGACAAAAUUCCCAUUGACUUUAGCAGUGAAGGAGCAGGUCCUUGGUUUACUCACUGGAAUAAACCAGGAUUAGGCCCUAACUGUUUCUAAUCUAAAGGGUUAAACAUUUUAUUCUGCAAAUAUACGUUAUUCUUCGCCACCACCUCCAGCUCCCAUUGAAAGCAACUGGAGUUUUACCGUUGACUUCAUCAGGAGUUGGGGUUCAGGUCCGAAUUUCUUACAAGAUUCGGUCCCAGUCCUGCAAACAGGCACCGUGUUUUGCUUGAAGCACAUGAGUAACCCACUGCCGUUGAUGGCAGAACUCACCUGCUUAUAGUUAAACACGUGUGUGGGUACAGGAGCUCAGUGGCAAAGAAAUAAGGGUAAUUUUGUGACCCCAAAUAUCAAAAUCGUGGUUUUCCAAAUUGGCGUCCCCAAAGCUAACAGCAGGUUUGCUCUGUGCAGCAGAACUCUCCCCAUCACUUCGCUUUUUAUGAUAAAGAGUUAAUAAUUUUGCCAACAGAAAACCGUGCAGACGGAUUAAAUUCUGCAAUUUCUUGUUUCCAAAACCAGCAAAUUCACACACACAAUUGUGCGGGGGUGCGUGAGGACUCACAUAAACUUUUUUGUAAAUAUUUAACACGAGGUAACACAUGUCUGGUGAUGUACACGUGAAAACCUCAAACUGACCAUCAGUUUGGAGGGAUAUAGAAUUUUUGUGUGUGUGUGUGGGUUGGGGUUUUUUUUUGUAUAUUUUUAUACUGCUUGGGGUAACUUCUUUACCAAAAGAAUCUCUAUGUGGCUGUCAAUUCCAAUAGCGCCAUUUUAAAGCACGCCACACGUGUCUCUUGGCAUUUUAAAUGCUUAUAUUUUUUAUAAGCUACAAGAUUACAAUAUAAAAUAAAUG